UAUCUUAAUAUACUUCGGUACAUAUUGUGGACACUGUGGAUCCCUGAAAUUCCGUGUAACCACCCUAAGAUUUCAAUCUGAUUUGAAUUCCCAUCAGACACCUUCUUGGAUUAAUAAAUUUUUUUGCAGCUAUGGAUCUUGUAGGCUUUUCUAUCAAGCUGCAAGUGUUCCUCAGCACAUGUCUGGGACUGGAAUUUUUAGGUAUACCAGGUCAGUGGGCACGCUACCUCCGCUGGGACGCCAGCACCCGCGGUGACCUCAGCUUCCAGUUCAAGACAGAGGCCUCUGAGGCGCUGCUGUUGUACUUUGAUGAUGGAGGCUACUGUGACUUUCUGCAGCUGUCGGUAGUGGAGGGGCGACUGCAGCUGCGUUUCAGCAUUGACUGUGCUGAGACGACAGUGGUGUCUGACAGACGGGUGGAUGAUGGCAGCUGGCAUUUUGCCACUCUAAGUAGGUAUAACCUGCGCACAGUGCUGGUACUAGAUGGCCAGGCCAAAGCAGAUGAAGUGCGGCCUCAGCGUCUGUUCAUGAAAAUAGUCAGCAACCUGUUCCUGGGUGGAGUGCCUCAGGAUAUCCGCAGCGGUGCGCUCACACUGCCUACCGUGCGAAACAUGCAGCCCUUCAGGGCACAAUUACAGACCUCAAAUAUGGCAUCUCACAGCCCUGUUCCUGGAAGCCUUAAGGUGCCCCUAGAGUCAGAAGGGUGGUGCACUGUGAACCCAUGCGAAAAUGGCGGUACGUGUUCAGUGGUGGAUGGAGAGCCGGUCUGUGACUGUUCCAAAACAGAAUACAUGGGCCGCUUCUGCAGUGAAGAGGUCAACAAUAUGCCAGGCCUUGCACAUAUGAUGGCAGAACAAGCUAAAAGCAAAGCAAGGGAGGAGAAUGUAGCCACUUUCCGGGGCUCAGAAUACUUCUGCUACGAUCUCUCCCAGAACCCCAUCCAGAGCAGCAGCGAUGAGAUUACGCUCUCCUUCAAGACAUGGCAGCGCAACGGCCUUAUCCUUCACACCGGCAAGUCAGCUGACUACGUCAACCUGGCGCUGAAGGACGGCGCUGUCUCACUUGUUAUCAACCUGGGCUCUGGGGCCUUUGAAGCCAUUGUGGAGCCAGUCAAUGGGAAGUUUAACGACAACUCGUGGCAUGAUGUCAAAGUGACACGCAACCUCCGGCAGGUGACAAUAUCAGUGGAUGGGAUUCUGACCACCACGGGUUACACCCAGGAAGACUACACCAUGCUGGGCUCUGAUGACUUCUUCUAUGUGGGUGGAAGCCCUAGCACCGCUGACCUGCCUGGAUCUCCAGUGAGCAACAACUUCAUGGGCUGUCUCAAGGAGGUGGUGUAUAAGAACAAUGACAUCCGUCUCGAAUUGUCCCGCCUUGCUCGAAUUGUUGACCCUAAGAUGAAAAUCCAGGGUGAGGUGUCCUACAAAUGUGAGAAUGUGGCCACCCUGGACCCCAUAUCUUUUGAGACUCCCGAAGCCUACAUCAGCCUCCCCAAGUGGAACACCAAGCGGAUGGGAUCCAUCUCUUUCGAUUUCCGCACAACCGAACCCAAUGGCCUCAUCCUCUUCACCCAUGGCAAACCCCAGGAGCGCAAAGAUGCUGCCCGCAGUCAGAAGAACACCAAGGUGGAUUUCUUUGCAGUAGAGCUGCUGGAUGGCAGUCUAUACCUGCUGUUGGACAUGGGCUCAGGGACUAUCAAGGUGAAGGCCACCCAGACAAAGGUUAAUGAUGGUGCUUGGUAUCACGUGGACAUCCAAAGAGAUGGACGCUCAGGCACCAUCUCUGUAAACAGCAGAAGGACCCCAUUCACAGCUAGUGGUGAGAGCGAGAUUCUGGACCUGGAAGGUGACAUGUACUUGGGGGGACUUCCCAAUGACCGCACCAACCUCAUCCUGCCCACCGAGCUCUGGACAGCGAUGCUCAACUAUGGCUAUGUGGGCUGUGUCCGUGACCUUUUCAUUGAUGGUCGAAGCAAGGACAUCCGUCAGAUUGCUGAGGCACAAAAUGGCGCUGGCAUUAAGCCUUCAUGCACCAAGCAAACUGUCAAGCAGUGUGAAAGCCACCCAUGCAAAAACCGAGGUGUCUGCAAAGAAGGCUGGAAUCGAUUCAUUUGCGACUGCACUGGCACUGGCUACUGGUCACGCACCUGUGAGAGAGAGGCUUCCAUCCUCUCCUAUGAUGGCAGCAUGUAUAUGAAGGUGGUGAUGCCGACCAUUAUGCACACUGAGGCUGAGGACGUCUCCCUGCGUUUUCGUUCCCAGCGGGCCUACGGCCUUCUCAUAGCCACCACCUCCCGAGACUCAGCUGACACGCUCAGGUUGGAGUUGGAUGGGGGUCGCGUCAAACUCACGGUCAACCUAGACUGUAUCAGGAUAAACUGUAACUCCAGCAAGGGACCAGAGACCCUGUAUGCUGGGCAAAAGCUCAAUGAUAAUGAAUGGCAUACAGUGCGAGUGGUGCGUCGCGGCAAAACCUACAAGCUAACGGUUGACGAUGAUGUAGCAGAAGGCCAAAUGGUGGGUGACCACACUCGUCUGGAGUUCCACAACAUUGAAACAGGCACCAUGACAGAGCGGCGAUUUGUUUCCAGCAUUCCGUCCAGCUUCAUUGGUCAUCUGCAGAGCCUUAGAUUUAACGGCAUGCUCUACAUCGACCUGUGCAAGAAUGGUGAUAUUGAUUAUUGCGAGCUUAAUGCCCGCUUUGGGAUCCGUUCCAUUAUUGCCGACCCUGUCACCUUCAAAUCCAAGAGCAGCUAUCUGAGCCUGGCCACCCUACAGGCCUACACAUCCAUGCACCUCUUCUUCCAGUUCAAGACCACCUCCCCAGAUGGCUUCAUACUCUUCAACUCUGGAGAUGGCAAUGAUUUUAUUGCUGUAGAACUGGUUAAAGGAUACAUCCACUAUGUUUUUGACCUAGGAAAUGGGCCCAACCUUAUCAAGGGCAAAAGUGAAAGGGCACUGAAUGACAACCAGUGGCACAAUGUGGCCAUCACCCGAGACAACAGCAACACCCACACACUGAAAGUAGACGCUAUAGCCACAAGUCAGAGUAUCAAUGGGGCCAAGAACCUCGACCUAAAAGGUGAUCUGUUCAUCGCUGGACUGGGACCAGGAAUGUAUGGCAGCUUGCCUAAACUGGUGGCUUCCAGAGAAGGCUUCCAGGGCUGUUUGGCAUCGGUGGACCUCAACGGUCGCCUGCCAGAUCUCCUCAGUGACGCCUUGUUUCGCAGCGGGCAGAUUGAGCGUGGAUGCGAAGGUACACCGUCCCUCAAAUCCGAGUCUGAUUUAGACUACUACAACACAAACUUCAAAGGUCCCAGCACCACCUGUCAGGAGGACUCCUGUGCCAACAUGGGCAUUUGUAUCCAGCAGUGGGAAAACUACACCUGCGACUGCUCCAUGACCUCCUACACUGGCACACAGUGCAAUGACCCUGGGACGACAUACAUCUUUGGCAAAGGUGGAGGCCUAAUUACAUUCAACUGGCCAGCCAAUGAGAGGCCAAGCACCAGGACGGACAGGCUGACUGUGGGCUUCAGCACCUCACUGAAAGAUGGCAUCCUGGUCAGGAUUGAAAGCGCACCUGGUCUGGGAGACUAUCUCAUGCUGCACAUACAACAAGGCAAAAUUGGAGUGACAUUCAACAUUGGCACAGUUGAUAUCAGUGUGCAGGAGAGCAGUAACCCAGUGAAUGAUGGGAAGUAUCAUGUUGUCCGCUUCACCAGGAAUGGUGGCAAUGCUACGCUGCAGGUGGAUAACUGGUCGAUCAAUGAACACUUCCCAACAGGGAACAGCGACAUUGAACGCUAUCAAAUGGCCAAUAAGAAAAUCCCUUUCAAAUACGCCAGACCAGUAGAAGAGUGGCUACAAGAGAAAGGACGGCAGCUAACAAUUUUCAACACUCAAGCAACAGUCGCAAUUGGUGGCAGUGAUCGUGGCCGGCCUUUUCAGGGGCAGCUGUCUGGCCUUUAUUAUAAUGGCCUCAAGGUGUUGAACAUGGCUGCUGAAGGCAACCCGAACAUCAAGAUUAAUGGCAGUGUGAGGUUGGUAGGUGAUGUGCCCAGUGUGGCAGGCUCAGCCAGGACCACAGCCAUGUCUCCAGAGAUGUCCACUACCUUUAUUGAGACUACUACCAUGAUGUCCACCACUACCACACGGAAACACAGAUCCUCUUCAACAGUGCAGCAUACGGCAGAUGACAUUGUGUCAUCUGCAGAGUGUUCGAGUGAUGACGAAGACCUGGAGGAGUGUGAAACUAGCCAUGCAGGAGCUGAGUUAGUCAUCCCAGUACUUGAGGAUCCAUUAGCGCACCCCUCUGUAGCUCCUCGUGCACCCUUCAUUCCCACUCCCUCAACCCACCACCCACUCCUCACCAUUAUUGAGACCACCAAAGAGUCCCUGUCCAAGGCCACUGAGGCGGGGGUACCUUGCUUGUUGGACCGAGGCAGCGAUGAUUGUGAUGAUGAUGGCUUGGUGAUAUCGGGGUAUGGCUCUGGGGAAGCGUUCAAGUCUUACCUGCCCUCUACUGAUGAUGAAGAUUUUUACACGACCUUCUCCUUGGUAACAGAUAAGACCUUGUCCACGUCAGGCUUUGAAGGUGGCUACAAAGCUCAUGCGCCCAAGACUUUUAGACCUAACAAACCUUCAUUCUCCAGACGCAGUAGGACUACCACUACCGCCAUACCACUAACCGCCGACCAGAGCCGCACCACCGCCACCUCUGCCUCCACCGCAACCCUCCACAAUGCUCCGGCCAUACAGCCGGCUGGCAAAAUGAAUAACCGCGAGCUAAAACCCCAGCCCGACCUAGUGUUGCUCCCAUUGCCCACAUCCUUUGAAGUAGACAGCACCAAGCUGAGGGGCCCAUUAAUAACCUCCCCAAUGUUCCGUAAUAUACCCACAGCACUCCCCACAGAGCCGGGCGUGAGGCGAGUUCCAGGGCCCUCGGAAGUGGUCCGUGAAUCUAGCAGCACCACCGGGAUGGUCAUCGGAAUAGUGGCGGCCGCUGCCCUGUGCAUCCUCAUCCUUCUGUAUGCCAUGUAUAAGUACAGGAACAGGGAUGAAGGCUCCUACCAGGUGGACGAGAGCAGGAACUACAUAACCAACUCAGCUGUGCAGAGCAAUGGCGCUGUUAUGAAGGACAAACAGCAGAGCUUGAAAGGCAGCAACAAGAAACAAAAAAAUAAGGAUAAGGAGUAUUAUGUGUGACUGUGAGACUUUCAUGAACAUGAGACAGUGAAGAAAGAAAGCACUGAGAGAACAUUUACUUAUCAGUUUCCUUGUGAGGAGCUAUGACAAAUGAUGGUAAACGUGGAACUUGAAUAAUCUUAUACUGUGCUGAGUAGUUGAACUGAUGACAUGUACUGUAAUAUAAAGCACACUUACUAUUGUAAGCAUAAUGACAAGGCUAAAUAGCAACUUUAGAGACCUUACUCUUCUAUCUGGUCAGAGACGUUAUCAGUAUAGAAAUAUUUCACAGCUACAUCAUUCUCCUAAGUGACUUUUAGAGCUAUGUGAUCCUUGGCAUUAAACAAAAAACUUUUUUGUAAAAUUGUUAAUUACAAAGGCUCAUAAUCUUAUACAUUUUCAGCAUGUAAGCAACAUGUAGUGCUUAACAAGAGGGGGAUAGGCACACCAUCAUUGUAAAACUAAAAAAGGACUCUUGUACAAUAUGACACAUUUUUAUGGUUUAUACAUAAUAGAAAUGUGGUGUCUAACUUAUUUUUGCUUUAAACAAAAGUAAAAAAUGACAAAAAGAAGAGCAAGAAAAGAAAAAUAUUUCUGUGUAUUAAAUGGCACCAAGUGAGCAAAAUGCCAUGGGCAGAUCUCAUAGAAUCUGUUCACUCUGGCAUCUGAUUCACCACAGUUAUUCUCAUUGUCUGACAGACAAUGAAUCACUUUGUGGAAAGACGUGGCUGGUUCUCUUGAUAACAAGCGACUGAUUGUAAAAUGCAUGCCAUCCUAAUUCUACCGUAAAGUACAGUACAGUAAAAGUCCAGUAUACAGUAUUCAACUUGGACCAUGUUCUCUUUGAUGCCAAACAGUUCUUCAUCUUCAGAUCAGAACUUAGCCCCUCUCAUCUUCUUGAACCCCUCUAAAAUGUUAUCCAUGAAAAAAAAAACUAUCUCUUAAAGAAAAGGUCUAUUAUUGAUGCACAGACAGUGGUGGUUUUAUCUUUUUGCAAAACUGUAUGUUGGUUCAUUGCCUAUCGUUCUCUUUUUCUAUGGAGGUGUCAGGAAGCAGUAACACUGUUAACAAAUGUGUAUACAGAAAUAAAUCAAAUGUUGAAGUGUGAAUUCUAUCUGCUGUCACAGUCAACUGUGUCAAAAAACAAGAAAUUUGUUUACAUAUUUUAAUACAUGCUAGCUGUUGUACUUUGUAGGUAGGUAAUUGUACAUAUACCAUGACAGUUGUAAUUUUUAGUACCUCUAUUGUACAGACUGAAAAUAUGGUUUAUCAGCGUAUUUCAUGACAAAAAUCUAUUUACUGUUGAUUUACAUGGAGAAAAACUUUAAUCAGAAUGUGGAGAAUCAUAUUGAUAUUUCAUAAAGAAUAAAAAUAUAUUGUUAGCCUAGAGAUCUAACCAGAGAUGUUUCUAAAGUUGCAUGAAUAUUUAACUACUUGCAGUUGUCCAACAAAUACAAGGUGCCCUUCCUUCUGUAUCAUGGCUUUCUUGUUCUGGGUUACACUAGUGUUAUUUCGUUUUGAAAGAGAAUAAAGUCUGAAUUAUGACAAAGACAGAAAACACAAGAGGCUAUAAUGGAUGGGGGUUCAUAGUAUAAAAUAGCUAAAAUGGUGUUUUUUAGUCACCCUAAGUAACCUCAAACCAUUGUCUUGUCACAUCUUUAUCAUAAGUUAACAUUUUGACAAUAUUUUACUGUCCAUUUUACGUUUCCAUUAUCUGCCAUAGUCAUUUUAAUGCUGUGGAGGUGCAGUGUUUUUCUUGCCUGAAUUUCAGUUUUUUUGUGUUAUAAUAGUUACUUUUCAUAACCUUUUUU